GGGCGACUAACACUAGACAAGGUUAGGUUGUAUUUAUGCAACAAUUGGAAUUUGCAAAACCACAACUAGUGUAUCAUCUCAAGUUUGCCCUAAUUUCACCCAUAUUACCCACACCUUCACUGCAAAAAAGUGUCAAAAUUCUCUGUAUAAUACUCCAACUGUUACUUUCUCCGGCGAACUUCCGAUUUCCAUCCUCUCUCUCUAUAUAUACUUAAAUACGUACAUUUGUGUGUGUUUGAGAUACAUCUAUUUGGUUUUCUUUUCUUUCGAUAAAUAAGUGGAUAAAUUAGUUUGGGAGGUGCACAAAGAUGGCUGCGGAGAGUUCGACGGCAGCGGCGAGCGGCAGAUCUGGCGGCGGAGGACCAUCGGCGGAUUCGUACAUUGGCAGCUUGAUAAGUUUGACUUCGAAGAGCGAGAUCAGGUACGAAGGGAUACUCUACAACAUCAACACCGAAGAGUCUAGCAUUGGCUUACGCAACGUGAGGUCGUUUGGUACCGAAGGUCGGAAGAAAGAUGGUCCGCAGGUCCCUCCUAGCGACAAAGUUUAUGAAUACAUACUAUUCAGAGGAAGUGAUAUCAAGUCUCACUAUCCGCGUCCAUCAGCUCCAACUGCAAGCAUGCCUGUGGCAGCCCCAAACGGCUCAUUGCCAGACCAUGGCUCCCAUUCUUCACAAAUGGGACUGCCUGGAUCGACUUUCCAAAACAACAUGCAUUUAUAUCAACCUGGUGGGAACUUGAACUCAUGGGGACCUUCUUCGGCAAACCCAAAUAGCAGUGGCCUGGCCAUGCCAAUGUACUGGCAGGGAUUCUGUGGCACACCUAACGGCUUGUCUAUUCCUCCUACGGGGCAUCAGAUGCAAUUUUCGGGCAUUAAUUCAUCUCUGCCAACAGCUUCAUCUACUCUGCCAGAUUACCAGUCAUCCUUGGUUCCGAACAGCACAAGUUCCUCUACUUUGACUCCUAAUACUUCGUCUACUUCCCCAAUCUUGUCUUUGAACGUGCCCCCUCUGCAGCCCAUCCCGCUUGUAUCUGGAACAAUGAGUAAUCCACUUCAAAACAAAGCUCCCCCAGUUUCUGUCUCUGGUAUCCUGUCAUCAAGUCCGAACUCUAGCCUUCCAUCUUUAGCUCAACUUCCGACUUCAAUUCCUUCUGAUGCCGGACUACAUUCGGUUGCUAGCAAACCUAAUCCAAUACCUGGUCCAGCAGCUGCGGGUCAGCAAAGUAUAUCAGAGCCCGGACGGCCAUCUUUUUCUCGGCCAUCUGGCUCUGUUCUUACAGAAAAGCAUACGCCCCCACUUGUAACUCCUGGUCAACUUCUGCAAUCUGCACCACCUACUAUCUCUGCACCUCAAACGUCACAGACAUUGCAGAAGGAUGUCGAGGUGGUCCAAGUGUCAUCUAAACCGCCGCCAGAGGCGUCAGUGCCAGCAACAUUGGAAGCUCAGCCACCAAUAUUACCUUUACCGGCAAACGCAAGAGCUCAAAAGCAUAAUGGAGGUGGUUAUCACAUGCGGAACAAUUACAGAGGGCGUGGCGGAAGAGGAUCUGGGAUCUCACGCCCUGUUGCUAGAUUCACAGAAGAUUUUGAUUUCACAGCAAUGAAUGAGAAAUUCAAUAAAGAUGAAGUGUGGGGUCAUUUGGGAAAGAGUAACAAAUAUCAAUCCAAAGAUGAUGAAAAUGAAAGUGAUGAAGAAGAUGAUUCACAGGUUGAGGAUGAUGCUGAAUCACCAAAGAUUGAGAUCAAGCCUGUUUAUAACAAAGAUGACUUUUUUGACUCCAUAUCCUGCAAUUCACUGCAAAAUGACCCGAAUCAUGGAAGGACUAGGUAUUCUGAGCAAAUGAAGCUGGAUACUGAGACAUUUGGAGAGUUUUCAAGGUACCGAGGUCGUGGUGGACGUGGGCCCGGCCGUGGUGGCGGUCGGUUUCGUGGGUCGUACCAUGGGAGGGGUUAUGGUGGAUAUGGCGGCUAUGUGGGAAGGGGCCGUGGUAGAGGUAUGCAUGGCCGUCCUUCCUAG